UAGAGGGACGCCCUUGGGAGGCUGCGAGCUGCGGGCGGGAAGGCUCACGGUUUGGUUUGUUUCCUGGCUGGGGUCCUUCCGAGCCGCGGGGUACUAUGAAGGCCAUGGGCACCAUUACCGACCCUCAGGUGCGGUUCGGCCGGCGAGCCGGACUACCGCGAGAAGCCGUAGGGGAAACUGAUCCCUGGACUGACAGCCAAAUUCCAAAUGGCACUCUUUUACCAAGUGGAGUAGAUCUUCAUCAAGUUACUAUACUUCCAAACGAUGAGUGGAAGAGAAUUCAAAAUAGCCUUGACAAGUUGAGCAGAAAGGCAGCACAGCUUCGUGCUGAAAAGAAGGCAAAGAAAGAUAUGCAUUUAAAUUCACAAGAAAUGGUGAAACAUUGGGCCAAUACUUAUUCAGGGAUGAGAAAACAGAAACUCAGAGAUAAAGAAUUGCGUGAACAAGAGGAAGAAAAUGAAAAGCAACGAAUUGACAUGGAAGAAGAAUUACGUAAAGCAGAAGAAAGAAAAAAGGCUAUCGAACGUGCAAAAAUCCAAGAAUAUUACCAGACAGACAGAGUGAAGACUUUCCAUAGAGCACUUCUUCUUAGUAAAGUUCUAAAAGAGCGAGACGCACAGAUUCGGUUCCAGAAGAAAAAGCUAAAUACAGAUGCAAAGUGGGAGGAAGAGUUGAAACAAAAUAUUGAAAAAGCUUUAAAAAAGGAAAAAGAAAAAACAGACAAACGUCAAAAUGACAGAAUGGCCUUUGCAAAUGAUCUUCUUAAGCAAAUAAAGGAGCGAGAAGAAGCAGAGGAACAAAGGAAAAAACAAGAAGAAAAAGAUGCCAAAGAAAUAGAAAAACAGGCUAAAUUGCAUGAAUUGGAACUGAUAAAGAGACAGGAAAAGAAGGAAGAAAAGAUGCUUGAAUGCAAGAAAAUGCAUCUUGAAACCAUGGAAAAUAGAAGUAUAAUCAGAGCAAUAGAGGAACAAGAACGAGAAGAGGAAGAUGAAAAAAUUAGAAAAUUUAUUAAAGCAAAGAAGGGUCUGGCAAAUAUCAGAAGAGAAAAAGAUGCUGAAACACACAGGCUGAUGGAAGAACGGAAAGAAAGGAUUUUUAACUACCUGAGUGAACUUAUUAGAAAGAAACUUGGCAAUGAAGAUGAUAUUCUUGCUAGAGAUAUUGCAGAAGCUGAGGCUGAAAGGGAACAGGAAGAAAAAGAAAAAGAAGAAAAAAGGAAAGCAAAAUUGAAAGAGAUUGAAGAAUAUAGAAUUGCAGUGGAAAAAAGUAAAAUGGAACAAAAAGAACAAGAAAAAAAAGAAUCUGAAGAAACCCUGAAAGCUUUCAAAGAAGCAGAUAAAUUGUUUUGGGAGACACGAGGAGAAAACCAGCAAAAAAAGAAGGAUGAAAAGAAAACUACACAAUCAUUCCUUAUUCAGCAAAUAGCUGAAAAGAAGGUUAAUAUGAAGCAACAGUUGGAAAAUGAUUUGGAUUAUCAGAAAGAGAGUGAAGCUCUUGUGUUUGAAAAGGAAAAAGAAUUUAAGCAGUAUGCAAGAGAAGUAAUUGAAUCAGAAUCAAAAUCAACAAAAAAUAUUUACCCUCUGUUAAAUGCUGUUAAAUAUGGUCCUGGAAGUGGCCGGGGACCACCUCUUACAGAGAGAGGUGGCAUCCGACCCAGCUAUCAGGCAAAGGAUUUUCUUGGAAACCAGCUCCCUGAUUAUACCUCUAGAAGAUCAGUGGAACAUGAUAGUAUUGGAAAGACUAAAAGACGACUAGGUUUUACAUGGUAGAAUACAAUUUUUUUUUUUUCAUUUUAAGGACUGUAUCAGAAUUUUAAUGCAGCUACCAAAAGAGGUAUUUUUACUGCCUAUGUCAUUAAAUUACAAUCCUUUUAAGUACUACUAAAAAAUAAAAUGACUAUUCAUUGAAGUAUUGCUGUUCAGUUAUGCCUUGAAAUAUGAAGCCCCUAAUUUCACUUUUCUGAGUCAGAUUCUUUUUUACUUAAGUAUCUCUCAAGUAGAACAGAAAAGGUUUGAAAUCUUCUGAAAGGCCUCUCUCUAUAUAUACAGUUUUAAUCCCUUGUGUAAUGAUAAAAACUGGAAGGAUUCUUAGUCUCUCCAUCCUUUGUUAGUUAGGCUUGGAUGCAGAAUUAAACCAGGGCUAUCAGUGAUUGAUUCCCUCACUUUGCUUUUUUAUUGUUUGGUAUAAGGAAUGGCUCCAUGAGUAAGGGAGGGAGGAGUGAUAUUGUUUUAAAUGAAAAAGCUGAUGUGAGAACAAAAUAUAUCAAUAAAAUUCAAAAACUAAUUAUGAAUUUAAAAACUAGAAAAUUAGGGUAAUGUUAGAGCAUUCUGUUUAUAACUGUGGCAAAGUAGUGAAUCAGUUAUGACUUCAGUAAAAUAAAAUGAAUUUGUCUAUGUAAAACUUAAAAAAAAAUCCUUUGCAUAGCAAAAACAAUAUACCCAGAAGAAGAAGGAAAGAAAAUAAUGGUGGAAAACAACUUCUAAUAAUUCUGACAUCUAAAAUUUAUAAUUAAUCAAAUUUACAAGAACAAAAACCAUUCUUCUAGUAGAUAAAUGGGCAGAAGAUAUGAAUGGGCAAUUUUUUGAAAAUUCCUGCUCUGAUGAUUCAAGUCAAUUCCAAUGAUCUUGUGAUGAAGAGUCAUCUAUACCCAGAGAGAGGAUUGUGGGAACUGAGGAUGGACCACAACAUAGCAUGCUU